AUGGCUAUGGGAGUUGUGCGAUCCGCGGUGUUGCUCCCGCACCGCGCCGGGAGCUGCCCGACGACAUUGGCAUCGCUGAUGACAACCCUCCCCGGCCUAAGCAAUACCUCGACGAUUACGCCGGUUCUACAAUAUUCUCUGCUGUCACAGAGUAGGGGCUUCAGCUCCAAGCCUGUUCAAUCAUUAUCUGCAGCUCGUUCUGCUGCUACCAUCCACCGAUUUGCGCGACAACGACCCGUUCCUCUUUGCCAAAAGCCUCAAUCACCCGGACCGAUCGCGAUCCUGCGCUAUCUCUCGAACGGGUUUUCUAAGCAACGAGACCCUCAGUCUGCGACGCAAACUCAGGCUACGCGAGACGGUGAUAAGAACGCAAACCAGACCGAACCGUCCUCACGAGAGCCCGAACAACCUGAUGACUUCCAAAAGAGCGAGCGGGCUGCCAAGGCUGCCCAGGUCAACCUCAGUGCGAAGUUGUCAAAGGAGGGCAAGUCGCAAGGUGGCAAGGCCGGAUUUUCCGAAAUUUGGAGACUGAUCAAGAUUGCGCGGCCGGAGCUGCGGUGGCUGGGAAUCGCCAUGAUCUUCCUCAUCAUUUCGUCCGGCGUCACCAUGUCUAUCCCAUUUUCCGUUGGCAGAAUCCUCGACAUGGCUACCAAGGAUCCGGCCGAGGACGCGCGCUUGUUCGGUCUGACCAUGCCGCAGUUCUUCACAGCCUUGGGCGUCAUCUUGACCGUUGGAGCCAUGGCCAACUUUGGGCGCGUAAUCCUCCUGCGUAUUGUUGGCGAAAGGGUUGUUGCCCGUCUGCGCUCGACUCUCUAUCGGCGAACAUAUGUACAGGACGCCGAAUUUUUCGACGCGAACCGAGUUGGAGACCUCUUGUCGCGACUCAGCUCUGAUACCGUCAUCGUUGGAAAGUCCAUCACCCAAAAUAUCAGCGAUGGUCUGAGGGCUCUUUUUAGCGGAGGAGCCGGUUUCUGUGUCAUGGUCUGGCUUAGUCCGAAGUUGACUGGACUUCUCCUCAUUAUGCUGCCACCUGUUGCAGUCGGAGCCUUCUUCUACGGUCGUGCAAUCAGAAACGUGAGCAAGGGUAUCCAGAAGAAUCUUGGUACCUUGACGAAGAUUGCCGAAGAACGCCUCGGCAACGUGAAAACGAGCCAGGCAUUCGUGGGAGAGAUCCAAGAAGUCGGCCGCUACAACCGCCAAGUCAAGAAGAUAUUUGCUCUGGGUAAGAAGGAAUCCACGAUCGCUGCCACUUUCUUUGCCUCGACGGGCUGGGCUGGUAACAUGACCAUCCUUGCCAUGCUCGUUGUCGGCGGCAACUUUGUCCGCGACGGCGCCAUGACGCUAGGAGACCUGACAUCUUUUAUGAUGUACACGGCUUUUGCAGGAUCCAGUCUGUUUGGUCUAUCGUCUUUCUAUUCAGAGCUGAUGAAGGGCGUCGGUGCUGCCAGUCGCCUUUUUGAGCUGCAAGAUCGAAAGCCCGGCAUCUCACAGACAGUCGGGCUCAAGGUGAAGUCUGCACAGGGCCCGAUUCGGUUCUCAAACGUUUCGUUCGCCUACCCUACACGGCCUGCCGUCAAUAUCUUCAACGAUCUUAACUUUGAGAUUCCUUCGGGCAGCAACGUCUGUGUUGUGGGACCCUCGGGUGGCGGUAAAUCUACCGUUGCCGGUCUGCUGUUGCGAUUCUAUAAUCCAAUCGCUGGCUCUAUUACGAUCAACGGUGUAGACAUUUCAAAGAUGAAUGUCAAGUCACUGCGACGCCGCAUUGGCAUGGUUGCGCAAGAGCCUGUCUUGUUCUCUGGGUCGAUUGCUGACAACAUCUCCUACGGCAAACCCAACGCCACCCGAGCUGAAAUCAUCGCGGCCGCCCGGAAGGCCAACUGCAACUUUAUCAGUGACCUUCCCUCUGGGUUGGACACGCAGGUCGGAGCCAGAGGCUCACAGCUGUCGGGAGGUCAGAAGCAGCGAAUCGCCAUUGCGCGAGCGUUGAUCAAGGACCCCGAUAUUCUUAUCCUCGACGAGGCGACCUCCGCCUUGGACGCCGAAUCCGAGACGCUUGUCAACGCCGCACUUACCUCGCUUCUCAGAGGCAGGAACACGACCAUUUCUAUUGCUCACCGACUGUCAACCAUUAAGCGAUCUGACCUGAUCAUUGUUCUUGGCAACAACGGCGGGGUCGCAGAGAUUGGCAAGUACACGGAGCUUUCUGCCGACAGCAACAGCGCAUUUAGCAAGCUCAUGGAGUGGCAGAUGAGCGGCGGCGAUGUUCCCGAUCCUCGCUCUAGUGACAGAGCUCAUAUUACAGAAGAGGAAGAGAUCGAAUCCGACCUUGAGAGGGAGGAGGGUGAAGAGGAAACUGAGGAGCAGGUGCAGGAGGAGGCGAGGGAGAAGGAGGCGCGGCGGUAA